AUGUAUACAGCCGGACUCAACCCAUUUUACGCAUCGAACUUCAGCCUGUGGUCUGCGUACUGCGCGGGGGGCUUCGCGGUGGAUUCCAUGAAGAAGCCGUCCUUUUGCAUUGCAGAUAUUUUACAAGCUGGAGACGGGGACAACAUCCCGGGCUCCUCCGCUCUCAUGGUGCACAUGGGGCACCACAGGACGCCCGGGCGCGCUGGCACACCUCCUCUGCGCCCGUCUCCACUGGCCCCAGAGCAGGCUCUGUACGCGGCCAGGGUGAGCCCAGCUUCGCCCUACCACAGGCACGGACUACAGCUCACCUCGGUGCCCCGACCCGCGUUCAACUCCCCACAGGCCCCUCCGCCCUCUAGCAAAGACCUCAAGUUUGGAAUAGAUCGGAUACUUAGCACGGACUUUGAUCCAAAAAGUAAAGACAAAUCUACUUUAAGAGAUCUCACCUCCAUCGUCAGCUCAAACCGUCAGUCCGGGCUCCACCACAUCGCGGUCCAGCCUACGUCAGGACAGUACUACUCGCCCAUGGACCCGGGGAUGGAAGCCGCCUCCAUGAUGGGCUCUCUGGGCAGCAGCUGCAGCAACAGGCAGACAGGACAGCACCAGUUUCAAGACACCUUCCCAGGUGGUUACCACAGACAUCCGAGCAGUAGCAGAGGCCCAUAUGCUGUCCUCACCAAAGACACAAUGCCCCAGACCUACAAGAGGAAGAGGUCAUGGUCCAGAGCCGUGUUCUCCAACCUGCAGAGAAAAGGCCUGGAGAAGAGAUUUGAGAUCCAGAAGUAUGUCACCAAACCGGACAGAAAGCAGCUGGCCGCCAUGCUGGGACUCACGGACGCUCAGGUGAAAGUCUGGUUCCAGAACAGGCGCAUGAAGUGGAGACACUCCAAAGAGGCGCAGGCCCAGAAGGACAAGGACCCAGCGGGGGACAAGACUCUGCCCGAGGCCCAGGACAGCAAAGACCCCACCGAGUCUGACUGCGACAGCGAGCCCCGGAGCCCACGGAGCGACUGCGAGUCCGACGAGCCCGCGGAGGUGGAGGAGGUGGAGGAGGUGGAGGAGGACGAGGCCAUUCCUUCGGACGUUUCUUCGGUUCUCAACAACCACACAAGCGUCAUUAUGAACGGGACAUGCACGCCGAGCAGUCCGGGGAGUGAGGAGGGGAAUACGGUCACGGACUCUGCGGCCUCCCAGGGGCUGCUAUGA